UCAUCCGUCGAGACGCAGAAAAGGAAGAAGGUGAAAAAGAGAAAGAGAAGAAACGCUCCUGUUGGGCCAUCGCUUGUACCUUGCCCAAGAUUACUCUUACGCGGGGGCCAGCGCGGUUGAAAUAAGUCGCGCAUGCCCGCUCAAAAAAUCCCCAUUCUGCAACAGCUCCGGACGAGCGAGGCGUGGGACAGCACAGGGCGAUCAAUGUCAAUGAUGAAAAGAGGAUGCGCCGCUGAGACCCUUUGAGACGGAGACCAGCGGCCAGGCCCCAGGCUAAUACCCGCGCCAGGCUCACGUGGGAUCGUCACAGCUUGGCGCCAGGGUGCGACGCCAUCGUGCCCUGAGUCCUUGACCCCCAUUCCCAUCCCCCCCCCCUUCGCGGCAACCCCCUCGACGUCCGGCAACGGGCCAAAGGCACGGCAAGGCAGGUCAAGGUACCUAGCUUUUUUUCUCGUGCAGGUGUCGACGCCAUCGUCACCACCACCUGGUCAUCACCUGCUGGGCUGGCUGGUCAGGCAGGCAUCAAUCGUCAACAAGGCAAGCACGCCACGGACGGGGUGCGCCUUCCCCUCGUGUGUCUCGGCCUCGCAAGUCGCGAUCCUCGCUUGCCCUGCCGCCUUGCCUCCUCCGCCUCCCCUCCCCUCCUCUCCCCUCCGCGUCUUCCGCUGUGCCGUGGGUGCCCGGCGUGGCAACCACCUUACCGACCGUUGCGACGAUACGAAACGAUACCUGGACCCUCGCAUCUCCGAUUCGGCAAUCCUCGCAUGUCAUCGCCACACGUGCGCGGCCACAUCUCCGCCUCGUUGAUAAACAGCUAUAGACCCGCCGCCACUCGUGCUUGCAUCCAAACACCUCCGACCUCGACAUCGUGAGUGACGCCGCGCCGCAUACCCGUCUGCCCCGGCCUGUCCCGGCUCGCACACGAGCGCGGCGCCGCGCGGUCCGAGCUUCCUCGCCGGGCCGACCCGUGUGUCACCGUCUUGCUGCAGUCACUACACGUUCGUCCAAGGUAGCAACGAGUCGACCUGCUGCAGCGUCGCGGCGCGGCGCCAGAUAGCUGCACCAUGGCGGAUGGGGAGGACGGAGGCCUGCCCGUCUCGCAGUCGGUCUCCCAGCCGCCCUCGCCACGCACUGUUCGCCGUCCAUUCGCCAUGAAUCGCCACCACUCGAGCUCCGAGCAUGAUGAACGAACUCCCCUUCUCGGCGCGCCUUCCAGGUCUCGUGUGCGCCUGCACACAGGCGCUACGACCCCUCGAAUUCCGCAUCUGUCCCGCAACCAGAGCUACACAGGUAGUGCCCGCGGCGCUCGAAACCACAACCGGCAUGGGUCAUGGGGUCAGAGGCUGAUAUCUGCUCUCUCCGAGCGGCGUGGAUCCAUGUCUGAGUCAAAGGGCUCCAUCUUCCCCGACGAGCGGGUGUGGUACGAUCAGUUUACCAGCACCGACUGGGUACACGAUACCAUCGCCGAUUCCCAUCGUGUCAAGGCCCUGCGCAGCAGGAAGGACUUCUGGGGCCGUGUCCGCGUUGCCUUUGACGGCUCCCAGGGCUGGAUCUUGAGUGCUUUAUCCGGUGUCAUCGUCGCACUUAUUGCGUACGCCGUUGACGUGUCCGAGUCGACCGUCUUUGACUACAAAGACGGCUUCUGCGCGAGAGCCUGGUAUUUGGACGAAAAGAAAUGCUGCCCACGAGGCGCUUGCGAGGACUGGAAGAGCUGGUCCCAGGCUUUCGACUACCAUCCGUUUGGAGAGAAAUGGACUGACUUCUCCAUUUACCUGUUCUGCGUAAUCGGGUUUUCCUGCCUGUCCUGUUGGAUUACGCUAUGGACCAAGACGGUCGUCCCAUCGGCAUAUCGCCUGACGACAUUGGAUGAGAACUUGGCCGCCGAGAGGGUGCCUCUACUCGCUGACGAUAUUCACUCCGACGAUAACAUCAGCCCCCGCCAGCGCCACGACCCAUCGAGAGAGUCCCCACCGAUGGUAUACUACUCGGCCGCGGGCAGCGGGGUUGCAGAGGUUCGUGUCAUCCUCAGUGGAUUCGUGCUGCAUGGCUUCCUCGGCUUGAAGACGCUCGUCAUCAAGAUGGUGGCCCUGAUCCUCAGCGUCUCCUCUGGGCUCAGUCUUGGCAAGGAGGGUCCGUUUGUCCACAUGGCGACUUGUGUGGGCAAUAUCGCCUGUCGACUAUUCACCAAGUAUGACCGCAAUGAUGCCAAGAGGCGAGAGGUGCUCUCUGCGGCUGCCGCUGCGGGCGUCGCUGUAGCCUUUGGCGCACCCCUGGGUGGCGUGCUCUUCGGCCUGGAGGAGGUGGCCUACUUCUUCCCGGCCAAGACGCUCUUCAGGACUUUCUUCUGCUGCAUCACCGCCGCGCUCUCUCUCAAGUUCCUGAACCCAUAUGGCACGCACAAGAUUGUCAUGUUCGAGAUCCGCUACCUUGUCGACUGGGAAUUUUUCGAGCUGCUUAGUUUCAUCUUUGUGGGCAUCCUGGGUGGCGCCAUCGGAGCCCUCUUCAUCAAAGCAUCCAAGUUCUGGGCUCAUAGCUUUCGACGCAUCGGUGCCAUCAAAGCCUAUCCGCUUUUGGAAGUAUUCUUGGUGGCCGUCACCACGGGUCUCAUGAGCUAUUGGAACGGGCUGACGAAGCUCUCGGUUGCUAAGCUGCUCUUGAAUCUCGCCUCUCCAUGCGACGACUCCACCGAUGCUUCUCGAGACGACCUGGGCCUUUGCCCCAGCUCUGUCGACGACAUUCCGCCGAUUCUGUUGACGCUCUUUGUCGCCUUUCUCAUCAAAGGAUUUUUGACCAUCAUCACCUUUGGUAUUAAAGUGCCAGCCGGUAUCUAUAUCCCGUCCAUGGUUGUGGGCGGCCUUUUGGGCCGCAUCGUCGGGCAUCUAGUACAAUGGCUGGUGCUGGUGGCCCCGGACUGGGCCAUCUUUGGCAACUGUGCCACGGCUGCGGACGGAACCUGCAUCCAACCCGGGGUGUACGGCCUGAUCGCCGCUGGCGCCACCAUGUGUGGCGUGACGCGCCUUUCGGUGACGUUGGCGGUUAUCCUAUUUGAGCUGACGGGCAGCCUCGAUUACGUCCUCCCCUUUUCUCUGGCGGUGCUGGUAGCCAAGUGGACGGCGGACGCCAUUGAGCCCAACAGCAUCUACGACCUACUCACGAGCAUGAACGCAUACCCGUUCUUGGACAACAAGCACAAGCCGGUGUUUACAGGCGACUUGGCGGACAUUGUGCCUCGAGUGCGCCGCGAGAGGGUCAUUGACAUUACCAACUCGCCCAUUGUGCCCGCCACAAGUCUGCGGGCGAAGUUGGAGACUCUGCACCGGGCCGGGGAGCUCGACGGCGGCCUGCCGAUUGUGCGGCGGGACGUGUUGGUGGGGCUUAUUCCGGCACCGGAUCUCGAAUACGCGCUAGAUCAGCUCGAGGACGAACAGACGAGUCUCUGCUUGAUGGAUCGGGUCCCGAGCAUUGACGAGGACGAGGAGGACGAGCCCGACCCGACCGAUUUUGCGCGCUAUAUUGACCCGGCGCCGGUGACACUGGAUGUGCGGUCGCCGUUGGAUCUCGUGUACGAGUGCUUUGUCAAGCUUGGACUGCGUUACAUUUGCGUGUCGAAGGACGGCAAAUAUGCCGGCAUGACACACAAGAAGACGUUUGUCAAAUACAUGCGAGAGAUGGAGGAGUCUGAGAGCUGAGUUUGGGUCAAGGGACGGCGACCCGCGAAAUUUGGCUAUUGCCUGGACUUGCAUAACAUCUCGGCGUAGCGGGUCGGUUAUUGUCAUUGUGGCAUUUGCGCAUUGCGUGCAUCAUUUUCUUUGCCGAGUAUAACUGCGGCCCUGUGUUUGGGGUGUUCUACGAAGUUUGACGGAGGCAAAGAUUGGUCCUUUGAGCCAUACCCACUGCAAAGGAGGGCGACGAGAAGACAGUACUGGGUGUUUAGUUCAUUGUAAAGAGAGAAAGACGGCCGAGACAGCUGUCGUUGGCCGCUUGCACGGAGCCAGGUUGCGAUGGCCGACGGGCAGUGGUUCAUAUUGUUAGCUUGCGUCUGAUGGUGGAGAGUCUGGGGGCGCUGGUGGAUCCUUGGCUCGACAACGGCCGUCGGCGGAGCAUGAAUGGAUGGAGGGGCAACGGGGCAACGGAAACGGGCGAUACUCUGAGUCCGGCUAAUAGUGCUCACGCAAGUCCUGCUUGGAUAUUGCAUGUCAUGCCUGCCUGCUGUGCUGUACGUGAUAAUGAAAGUUGCAU